GACGGAGGAGGAAAAGGGCUACGUACGAUUUUCGCCACAGAAAUGAUUCAAAGAAUAAACAGAUCCCUACUCAAAAGCUAGAUCCAAUCUCUCCUCUCUGUCCUGCACACUUACCUAUAUAUUGUCAUCAUCACACCCAGCUCAAACCAUUGCCCCUCUCUCUCUCUCUCUCUCCCUCUCUCCAUCACUGAACCUGCAGAGCUUCGAGUGAUGGGAGCAGCAACGGAAUGGUCCACCAGGAUCGUCGCCCACAACCUCACUGGCAAUACUUUUGCUCCUUCGAGAGCUCUUGUCAAGAAAUCCCAGAUCAACUUCUUCCGAUUCUCGAGUAUUGGGGUUGGGUUCUUCUCUCUCUCUCAUCCCAUCUCACUCACACUCAAGACAGUCCAAAGCGUCGCAUCCUCAAAAACAGAGGUAGUUUCCACGGGCUUCGACUCUGCUUAUGCUGGGACCCAAACCAUAGAGCCAUCAAAGACAGUUCAUGUGAAGUUCCAGUUGCAGCAGGAGUGUUUCUUUGGGGAGCAAUUCCUUCUUGUGGGAGACGACCCUAUGCUAGGUUCCUGGAAUCCCUCAAAUGCUAUUCCCCUGAACUGGUCAGAUGGGCACUUGUGGACUGUUGAGCUGGAUUUACCUGUGGGGAGAUCAAUCCAAUUCAAGUAUGUACUCAAACGAGGCACCGGCGAAAUUUUGUGGCAGCCGGGUCCAGACCGGAUUUUCCGCGCUUGGGAAACGAAGAGCACGGUUACCAUCACAGAAGACUGGGCCAAUGCCGAAGUUCAGAAGAUGACCGAGGAGGAAGUACUCAGUCCGACCGAGAAACUGAUCCAUGACGUCGGAACUGAAUGUGAUGAGAAUUUGAUUUCAGCUGAUACCAUUGCAUAUCCAGGGGAUGAACUGACAGUCAAUGGAAGUGGAUUCACUGCCACGGAGAAAGAAACUCGUGGCGAAAAGGGGACCUUUGUGAAUGCCAAGAAGGAAGUUGAUAGAGCAGAUCGUAUUGGAGAUGACAAGACAGAGAACAUCGGCAGAAAUAAAUGGAAGGCAGCGACGACUCCGAAGAAAUCACCAAGGGUGGAACCAGAGGAGCCAAUCCUGACAUACGGAGGAGGUCCUGUUUUGGUAUCUGGCUCGAAUCCAAUGCCAGUUGUUUCAGCUAACCAAGCUCCUCACAUUGAGAGUUGAACGUCCAUCGGUGUCUCGGCUAAGGCUGAAUACCCAAUUGAUGAAGCUGAGCUAUCUGUCUUGCAACCAGUUCUACGAGCACGAAGCUAUAGAAUAAAUAUGCAUAAUUGGCAAAAUAUGUGUGAGAAGACUUGAAACAGGAAGUAGGAUCCCAUCGUGUUGUCGUAGAAAAGAUUAUACGAGUCCCUCGUGCAGGUGUCGAUGCAGAUGAAAUCAAAUCUUUUUCUUUUUUCUUUUUUUUUCUUUUUUCUUUUUUUUCUUCACGUUGUUGCUUGGUAAUUGGACUCAAAUGGAAUACUAACGCUUUUCUUUUCCUAUUGUAUUAGUUUCAUCUUUUAUCUUUAUGUUUAUGAAAUUUUCUUGUGCUGAUCCAAAAAAAAUUCUGAUGGAAUACUAAAUCUUUAAAUUGCACUGUGUGGAGGUGUUGUUCUU